AUGCCUCUUCUAAGAGCAUCUCGUCCCAAGGUCCUUGUGCCAGAAAAGCUGUCGCCAGAUGGACUGGCUCUUCUGCGCAGCUCACUGGAUGUCCAUGAGCGAAAAGGUCUUAGUGCCGAUGAAUUACUCGAGAUAAUCCCCGAUUACGAUGCCCUUCUCGUUCGUUCCGAGACCAAGGUCACUGCAACUGUACUACAGGCUGCAAAAAACCUAAAGGUUGUAGCGCGUGCUGGUGUUGGAGUUGACAAUGUUGAUGUCGAGGAAGCUACAAAGCUCGGAAUUGUUGUUGUCAACUCACCUUCGGGGAAUAUUGGUGCUGCAGCUGAGCAUACUAUUGCGUUGAUGAUGUCCAUGGCGAGGAAAAUCCCCGAGAGCUGUGCUAGUCUCAAAGAUGGGAAGUGGGAACGAAGCAAGUUCGUCGGCGUGGAAGUCAAGGGGAAGACAUUGUCCAUCGUUGGAUUGGGAAAGGUGGGAUUGACAGUAGCACGACUGGCCAAGGGGUUGGGCAUGAAUGUGAAUGCCCUCGAUCCAUAUGCAUCCCCGGCAGUUGCAGCUUCGGCUUCGGUCACCCUCGUAUCCUCGCUCCCGGAGCUGCUCACAUCUGCUGAUUUUCUAACGAUUCAUACACCUCUCAUUGCCUCAACUCGAGGAAUGAUCGCCGAAGCCGAACUGGCGCAGCUGAAGCCAGGUGCCCGGGUAUUGAAUGUAGCUCGGGGAGGUACAUUUGAUGAGGAGGCAUUGCUUGCCGCACUAGAAUCAGGCCAUCUUGCUGGUGCUGCUAUCGAUGUGUUUACUUCAGAGCCUCCUGCUCCUGGUUCAUCUGCGGCACGAUUAAUCGCUCACCCACGAGCAGUCGUCACACCGCACCUCGGUGCCUCGACAGUAGAGGCGCAAGAGAAUGUUUCAGUCGAUGUGUGCGAACAAGUGCUUGAAAUCUUGCAAGGGUCGUUGCCACGCAGUGCUGUCAAUGCGCCUCUCAUCCUGCCCGAGGAAUACAAAAAGUUGCAGCCAUUUGUACGCCUGGUCGAAAAGCUGGGCAGUCUGUAUACUCAGCACUAUGCAGCUUCUCCUGGCGGAGCAAUGAGCAGAAACACCUUCGAUCUGAUCUAUCAAGGCGAGUUGGCAAGCAUCAACAACACGAAGCCGCUCUUCGCUGCUUUGAUCAAGGGCCUUCUUUCUCCUAUCAGCAGCAUGGAGGGACUCAAUAUUAAUAUCGUCAACGCUGAGCUGGUGGCUCGCGAACGUGGCAUCUUUGUCUCCGAGCAGCACUCUCGCGACCCAUCAGACCACUCGUCCUAUUCGUCGCUGGUCACUCUUGUUGCACGUCCACCUUCUCGGGCAUCAUCCCGAGCUCCAGCUUCCGGUGACACGUCUGCUGGGUCCAUUCCCGACCAACAGCAGCGAAUUAUUUCUGGCACCUGCUCCGGAGAUCAGCCACUGAUCACCCGCCUGGGUCGGUUCGAGGCUUCUUUUGAGCCAGAGGGGACCUUGUUGAUUUGCGAGAAUUAUGAUUCACCGGGAAAGAUUGGUGUUGUUGGUAACAUUCUUGGUCAAGAAGGGGUCAAUAUUAAUUUCAUGGCUGUUGCCCCUGUCUCAACCAAGCUGGCCUUUAAUGAAAUCCCAAAGAAGUCCCUUCCCACCGAUGGCUCUGAAGAAUCCGCAAAGGGUCAAUUACUGAAGGAAGCACUGAUGAUUCUCGGCAUUGACAGAAGAGUUCCUGCUCACGUUACCGCUGCUUUGGCCAAGGAAACUGGAAUAUUGACUGCAUGCGCUGUCACCCUUUGA